AUUGUCACCGCCGGGCAUUGCAUUGCAUCUUCGUACUGGACGGUCCAUCGAGGAUAACUAAGUGAAUCGAUCCAAGCGCCCCUCUUCAGCGCAACAUCCUACGCAGUGGGGUUAUUCGAAUAUGAGUGACAGCCUUGCUCUCACGAGGACAAAUGGACCAGCACUCCCCUCUCGCACCAGGACGAAUGUGCCUGCGUUCCUUAACAAACUCUACAGCAUGGUCACUGACCCCGAGACUGAUGACCUUAUCAGAUGGGCAGACGAAGGGGAAUCUUUCUUGGUUCCAAAUCAUGAGAAGCUUGGUCGUGAAGUCCUACCACGUUUUUUCAAGCAUGGGAAUUUUGCGUCCUUCGUCCGUCAGCUGAACAUGUACGGUUUUCAUAAAGUGCCCCAGCUUCAGCAAGGCGUUCUUAAGAAUGAGACCGAGACUGAGCUGUGGCAAUUCACCGAGCCUAACUUCCAGCGAGAUCGACCGGAUCUGCUGGAGAACAUCCAAAGGAAGAAAGGGCCCUCUGCGAGCAAUAACCAAACUCCUAUCGAUGGCGCAAACGCAGGACCUGGCGGGGACACUGCAUUAGGCGCCGUGGGUAAUGUUACUGCAAAUAUCGCUAAUGCUGGUCCAUUGGCGCUUCAAACGCUUGCGGGAGAGCUUUCCUCAAUCAAGAUGCAUCAAGCAAACAUUACUUCGGAACUACAGGCACUUCAAGUUUCGAACCAUUCCCUUUGGCAAGAGACUCUGGCAGCCCAGGAACGGCACAAAAAGCAGCAGGAUACGAUAGAGAGGAUUCUCAAGUUCCUUGCCAGCGUGUUUGGGAACCCUUCAUCGCAUGGCGGCUCAUCUCGCUCAGGGGGAGGGAACUCGGGAGCUGUGCAUCGCAGCCCAGGGCCUCGCCACAAAGGGCUGUUGAUGAUUGGCAAUAGUCAAACGCCGGCAAGCAAAUCGCCCAGUUUUUCGCCACACUUCUCUCAGGACACGCCCACUUGACAUUGUUGCUAAUGAUACUGCAUCCCCCCCACGUGUGGUGGAAGAGCUCACGUCGCCUUCGACAGAAAGCGUAACACGUCCAGUGACGUCA